AUGCGUCCAGCAAUCGAUUUUAGUAUCGGUCAGAUGGGGAGAUCCUCUUCGAUGCACUCGCUUGCAAAUCGUGGAAUGAUUGGAGAUAUCCGCAGUAUUCCAAUGAUGCAGCCAGUAGAUACAGGCGAAGUCGUAGAUCCUAUACUCACCCAGAAGAGCCAGAAGGUACCUGACUUGUCGCUAAUAAAAGAGGAACCGGAGGAUAUGCAAAAUCAGGAAGGGUCACCACGUACCAGCCGCGCUAAACGUAACCAGUGGCCGGAUAAGCUUACUGGAAUCAAAAUGGAUACCAUCUCUGAAGAUGACAAGGAAAACAAUGUGAGCAAGCAAGAGAAGGAGAAGAAUGAGAGCAAGGAUAGCAAUGAGCAGCAGGAGCAAAAAAGUGAGAGAAAGCCGAACAAAGAAGAGCGCACAAGAGAAACCGAACUAUUAGUGCAGUCAUGCGAUGAGGAACUUCUUGCGCAGGGACUUUAUGACCACAGAUAUCCAGACACGCCGACCGAUCUUCUCGAGCAGUGGAAAGAGCUACGUGCACACUAA